AUGGCUCCUUCGGCUGGAGGUGCUGCCAAUCAUAGCCCAGAUCGAGUGACCAGGGCCCUGUAUAUUGGUAUUAACUACGCUGGCAGCAAGUCUGCUCUUCGUGGCUGUAUUCAAGACGUUCAGAACGUGUCCAAGUAUAUUGGUGCCACAAGCAUUUUUAAGGAGUCCAAGGUCUUGACAGAUGAUCUGCAAGACCCCGCUGCUCUUCCUACUCGUGCCAAUAUCCUCGCUGCUUUCCAUUGGCUGGUAGCUGGUGCCAAGAAUGGGGAUGCAUUCUUCCUUCACUAUUCCGGUCAUGGUGCUUACCAAAAAGACACUGAUGGUGACGAGGAAGGUGGCUAUGAUCAGACUAUUGUUCCACUUGAUCAUGAACAAGCUGGGCAAAUUACUGAUGAUGAAAUGAAUGCCAUUUUGGUUCAUCCUUUGCCCAAAGGCGCCCGCCUCACUGCAGUUUUUGAUUGCUGCCACUCUGGAUCUGUAUUGGAUCUACCAUACACCUAUUCUGUUGAUGGUAAUCUUGAGAUAACCUUCAAAGACAACACCAAAGAAAUUUUGAAGCACGGUCUGCAGGCUGGUCUUGCUCUUUUCAAGAAUGACAAGGAGACUGCUAUGCGCGAGGCAUUCCAGGCUGUUUCGCUUGUCAAAGAGUCCAAGACUGGUCAGCCUAGUGCCAAUGCUGAAGCUGCACGAAAAAAGACCAUUGAGCAAAAGUCAUCAGAGGCAGAUGUAGUCAUGUUCUCUGGCUGCAAAGAUUCGCAAACAUCUGCCGAUGCAGUGAUUGAUGGAUCGGCUACUGGUGCCAUGUCAUGGGCACUGCUGUCUGUUUUGGGAGAGAAUCCUAACCCCAAUAUGACAGAACUACUUCGCAAACUUCGUGAAAAACUUCAUGGAAAGUACGAGCAAAUUCCGCAAAUGUCUACAUCUCGCCAGGUAGAUGUUGUACGCAGCACUUUCUUCCUUGGCUAG